AUGGAUCCCCCCGGAGGUGUCCCCGCUCCUGACACUGACAACUUUCCCGCCAUCAUCAUGAUGCUUCAAGGUUUCUCCCUGGUACACGCUGGGGAUUUCGAAACCACGAUAACCUUCCUUAGUGGCUGGAUUGAGCAAGGAACCCCUCUACCCGCCAUGGCUAGCUUUCCCCCUUUGGUUCAGUACACGCAAUCUCUGGACACCGCGACCAACACGCUUAUAAACGCGAUGAUUGCGCAUCCUCUGCCGCACCUCCCGACUCUCCUGACCUAUGUUGCGACCCUCCAUUCGCUAUACUCCCUCCGCCACAUGAUUUUCUUUACUCAGACUGGAGCCGUGGAACCCGGAGUCGAUCUCGUAGACGAUACGCGCAGCAAUCUGCAGCCCAUGCUCCGCGUUUGCCACUUCUUGUCUACACGCGCGAGGAGCCCCGAGUACGCCGCCCAUCAUGAGUCCAUCACCGUGUUCACGGUGACCUUGGGCAUCACAUUGGCCUCCGUCAAAGCCAUGCUUCCCCAUAUCACCAGCUUCGCCUUUUAUCAGGCGGUACAGACCAUGGACUCUGUGUACUUUCUGCGCCUCGUGUACGCCUGUCUGGAGCGCGACGUUCCGCCGGUCCUGCCGCCCACAGUAGCCCCGAUCGCACUUCUGACCAACGUGGAGAUGAUGCUCCCUCCCAUGCGGUGGGCUAAGGAGCAGCUCUCCUGGAUCGGCCUCCUUCGCGCCGACGGCCGCGUUUCCCCGACUCACUCGCAUCUGACAACGGUGCAGCUCGCGGCGCUCCGCUCACCCGCAAGCCUCAACGUCGAGGUCACCGUUCGUUGCUGGCGCCAUGGGUGCCGUGCUUCGCCUGGCUUAGGCGUCAAACGUUGCGGGAGGUGCAAGCGCGUAUACUAUUGCGGAGAGAACUGUCGGAACCUCGACUGGUCUGCCGGACACUCCGGCAUUUGCAAAACGUUAGCCAACAUCCGCUCGAUGCUUGACAACCCCGACUUGCAGGAGUCGCUGCAGACGCUUACGCUUGUAAGGGAGGCGCAGGCUCUUCGUGCUUCUGUCAUGCCCCGAGCGCCGAAGGCGAAGCCCUCGCAGCCCGAGCUGCAUGCUGAGGUUCUGCGCGCCGCCAAACCCAUCGACCGCGAUUCGCUAUCCACUUGGCGUGCUUCGUGCGCUCUGCACGGGCACUUCCUCAAAGACGUACACCUCCAAUAUCUGACGUGCGACUCCAACCUUGGGCGUCGUUACGUGAAGUGCGACAUUGAACACAACCUCGACAACUGGGGGAAGGGCAAGGGUGUUCGCUUUGUAUCGGAUGAGCUCACUUUAGAAACUCGCCGCGCCUUGAUCCUUUACCGCGACGGCCUUAGGCUCGAUAUCGACGAACCGCAGGUGGUAGGCCCCAAGAAGCCUGCUCGCAAGCCCCGGCAGCAAAAGGGCAAGAAGAAGUCAGCCAUGCCCUUCGCUGACACCACGUCCGUCUUACAGAACUCUCUCACAUCCACUACGAGCCGUACCUCCAAGACGGCCACCCCUACACGCCGUUCGGUCAACUCUCCUGCAUCCUACCAUAACCCUAAAGCGGCUACACCUGCGCGUCGUCCCCUCAACUCGCCAGACACGCUCCCUCGCGGCUCUUCCGACGCUCCUAUAUCCGUGGAUUCCUCUCGCGCAAUGUCUUUCAACAUUACGGACGGCGCCGCGGGCGCUGGUCAAGGUUCCGCCGCUCGCGACGACGGCUUUGACUCCCAGGGCUUUCAGUGCGUAUGGUAUUACAAGCAGAAUGGGGACAUCCCCGAGCCUAUCUGGCUUCCUUGGCCGCGGGGUCAAGCGUCUAUCGAGCUGUCCGAGUAUCUGGAUCUGUGGGAUCAGCACGAGACCAAGACUUCUGACAAGGUUAAGAUACUUGCCGCGUCUAAGAAACGUAGGGGUAGCGCUGUAUGGAAAGUGGUGGUUCUAGGCGAUAUCGUCCUUCACCGCCGUCUGCCGGGAAUUGUUAUCGCGCGUACGUCAGUCACGGACCUACACAGCAGCAUCUCCGGCAACAAAGAGUAUGCGUUCCCUGAUACCCUUCCAGUCCUGCAGGGCACUGAUAUCGAACUUUGA